AUGCUUCAAUGGUAUCUCAGUAAAAGGUCCACAACCAACAAGAAGAUUGAUUCAUGGCAUUUGAUGCAUGAUUUACAUUGUUUGAAAGAUUUUAAUUUUAGUGACCUCUACCUACAGGAAGGUUUAGAUUUGUUACUGAAUUUGACAUUGGUUGAUUCAGACUAUAGUUAUUGUUUCAAAGCAUUAAUAAUGUUCUUGGUAAUUGCAGUGAUUUCUACCUCUGUACUAUCUAAUGAGUUUUCUCGUAUUCUAUUCUUGAACGGUGAUAAUUUUUCGGACUGGAAGGGCAAAAUCCUUCUAACAUUAGGGUGCAUGGACCUCGAUUUGGCACUCCGUGUGGAUGAACCUCUUGAACCCAUGGACGAGAGUUCCGCUACAGAAAAGGGUGUUUAUGAUAAGUGGGAGCGAUCCAAUCGCUUAAGCCUAAUGCUCAUAAAGUCACAUAUUAGCCAUAGCAUUAGGGGCUCAAUCCCACCAUCUGAUAAGGUCAAGAACUACAUGAGGGCUAUUGAAGAGCAAUUUGUUAGUUCUGACAAAGCAUUCGCAAGCACCGUACCCUAA